CCUCCAAAGGCGGUGCUGCAGAGUGCACACUGUGCAGCCCUAAGUCGGAAUCCGAUCUCGAGAGCUAAACAAAAUCUGAAGCGACCUUCCUUUUCCAAUCUUCCUUUCCUUUCUCCUGUUUGGGUACCGGAGGCGUUGGUUUCCCACCGGUCGUCCGCCUUACCUUAGCAGCUAUGGCUGACGAUUUCAAGGCGAGGGUGGACAGGGUCUUCGGCUCGCUGUUGCAGACUAUCCCCUCCGUUAUCUCGUCCUCGCCAUGGACGCUCAGCGACGACGCCGUAGAGAGGAGGGAGUGGAAGCGGGAUGCGCCCGCGGAGGAGAGGGACGAGACGCCGUCCUCCUCUUGCUUCGAAGGGCUCCGAAAGGUAAGAUGCAAGAAAUUCAGGGGUUUCGAGGACGACUUGUCGGAUGAUGGCGACGAUUUGGACGAAGAUGGUGACGAUGAAAAGGAGGAGGGGGGUGAGGACGAGGGCGAAGACGGGCAGGUGCGGUCCGCAAUCGGAUUGGACUCGACUCUCGAUCAGGAGGCUGAAGAAGAUGAAUAUGACAAGGUGGCUGUGGGUAGGGAAGGUGCAGGCGAACGUGUCUACAUGAAUGAGGUUAAUGAGUAUGGUCCUCGUGUAAACUAUCAUAACGUACUUCCUGAUUCAUUAGAAGAAGGCAGGAGUGCUGGAGGAGAUCCUCGUGCGAAUCAUAUUGCAGCAAGGGCCAGACUGAGAGAAGAUGACCAAGAUGUAGUUGCCAGUCUCAAUUCUCAUCCUUAUCAUGAUAUGACUAGUCCUGAGAAGCAAACAGCUGAAGCGGCAAACGUUAAAUCUAUAUUGAAAAGGAAAGACGACGGCUCAGACCCCAAGCCCAGAAAACGCGUCAGAUUUGAUGCAGGAUGCAAUACAAAGAAGGAAUUCGAACCACAUGGCUCUGGUACUGAUGACUCGGGAAUAUUCACAACUCCGAAUGAAGUUGCCGAUGAUGCGGAGCUUCAAGGCUCUCGGCGGGUCCCUGACUAUGUAAGAAAUCCUUCAAAGUACGUUUGUUACACACUGGAUUGGUCAACUGAAGAUGAUGAUGCCUCUAAUCUCCGCGCUUUUCAAGAAUUUUCUGAGACGGUGAAGCAGACAGCCAGUUCACGAGAAGAGUCGGGAAGCACAAUGACAGCGCUUCCAAAGUCUGUAACUUUUACCCCGAGGAAGAAGCCCCAAAAUUCUGCCUCAAUGGUCAAGGAUGAAACAAAGGGCGAUCAGAAUGGUCCUGGUCCACAGGCCCCUCGGCCUGUUGGUAUGGCGGCAUCUGACGCCAGAGAAGGUGAAGCAUGUCCAAUGGAGGAGGACGAACUUGAAACUUCCUCUGCUGAGAAGCUUGGAGGCAUUCACAAGGUGGGGCGCCAUUAUCGGUCGAGAGCUUCUUCUGAUGAUUCUGUCUCAUGAAUGGAAGCUUUUCAUUCGAGUUCCGUAGAAGCAUCUGAUGAAUCCUUUGUAGUCUAUGUUUGUUUUCUUUACUGGUUGUUGUCAAGCUUGCGAGCUUGGAUCCAGCACAAGGAUCAUGACGUCAGGUACUACAUUUGCUUGGUGAGGCUUCCACUAUUGUGCUGUGAAGGCUUUUAAAUGGUUGACCAUAGUAGAAUCAGCUUUUGAUUA